AUGGGUCUCACUAUGUCUUCCGUUCAAGGCAAAACCGCCAUCGUAACUGGUGCUGGAUCGGGUAUCUGCUUCGCCUUUACCAAACUCCUACUUGAUCAAGGCUGCAAUGUCGUGUUAGGCGAUCUAGCAUUACGUCCCGAGGCAGAAGAGUUGCUCAAGCUCCAUUCCACUCCCAACAAACAAGCAAGAGCCAUCUUCCACCGCGCCGAUGUGCGUAAGUGGCAAGACCUGGACCAAUUGUUCAACAUCGCCCAGAAUGAAUUUGCUCGGAUUGACAUAGUGUGUCCCGGAGCUGGAGUCUUCGAGCCGUCAUUUUCAAACUUCUGGAUACCGCCAGGAACAGCCAAAUCCCGCGAUGACCCUCUGGAGUCUCGGUACUCCAUUCUGGAUAUUAAUCUAACCCAUGCAGUCCGCAUGUCCCAGCAAGCAAUUCAACACUUUACUAACGCCAAAACCGAUGGUUUUAUUGUUCACGUUUCCAGCGUGGCCGCCCAACAUGCAAACUUCUUUUGUCCAAUGUAUGCUGCUAGCAAACAUGCUAUUUCCGGGUUUGUACGAUCCCUCGCUAUGUUGGAUGACCCUCCGGAAGGGAGUGGUCUGACCAAGAUCCGAGUGAACGCUGUCGCUCCGGGCUGCAUCAAAACUCCUUUGUGGACCGAGUCUCGAGAUCGACAUAUGUUCGAUGAAGAGAAGGAUGAGUGGGUUUUGCCAGAGUGGGUUGCAGAGCAGAUGCUGCAACUGAUCUUGAAUCCGGAGUAUAAGGGUGGAACAGUACUAGAAGUUGGAAGUGCUGUGAGAAAGGUUGAGAUGUUGAAUGAUCCUGGUCCCUUGGUGAAAGGGAACACUUUGAGCAACCGGAAGAUAUCAGAAGAUGAGGUUUGGGGGAAGCUACGGGAUUUGUCUAACGGACAAGUUCAGGUUUAA